CGCAUUUAUAUAUAUAUAUGUAUAUAUAUAUAUCCCAAAUCCCCAGAUCUACCUUCCAUCUUCCCCCCUCCUUCCAGUUUUCUUCUACAAUUACCAGAUCUCCGUUCGCACUGUUCUUGUAAGUCUAACUUUCAAUUUCUCUUUGCAAUGGCAGUUCCUCCGCAAUUUUCUUUUGUUCUAUUCUUUCUGCUUUCUUUGUUGCUUCGCACCACUGUCUUCGCCGAUCCGCUGCAGAUCUCUCCUAGCCCUUCCGUCUCUUCGCCCGCCCCCUCUCCGUCCUCGUCUCCUCUUGAUUCCUCGUCUGCUCCUUCCGUCGAUGCUCCUGACUUUGCUCCCGCCAGUUCACCCUUGGGUUUAUCGCCUCCUGCACCUUCUCUCGACAGUAAAACUCCUGCUUCCUCCCCCUCACCCUCUCCCUCCCCGUCUCCGUCCCUGACUCCGUCUCCAGCGCCGGAGCCGGCUGAUGAUGGUGUAGUUAGCCACACCGGUGUAAGCGAUGAAGAAGGUUUAGCGGACAGUUCUUCGGGGGGAAUGAAUGCUGGCAAGAAGACCGGGGUAGCGCUUGGAGUUAUCGCCGCGGCCGGUGUGGUUGUGAUGGCGGCUUUGGUUUACAGGAAGCGCCAGCAGAAUAUUCGGCGAUCUCAGUACGGAUACGCGGCGAGGAGAGAGAUUCUGUAGGGUGCUAUACACAAUUCUAUCGUCAUUGCUUUAGCCCGGAGGUUAUACUCUUCCUGCCCUCUCCAUAUGAUUACUAAAGGCAUUUUUUUUUUUUUACACUCUUUCAUGCUAUAUUGAUCACAUUGGCCAUACAUGAUGAUAGGAAGUCAUAUUCAUUUGAGAUUCUUUAUGUCGGUGACUUGUGAUGAUCGAAACAUUUGUUUCCAAUCUCAAACUAUCAUAUUGUAAUUUCGUUCGUUGAUGCUGAUUGUCAUGGAUCUGGUGAAAAUUCAUUAUGUUAAGAUCAAUGGGAUUCCUAUAUGGUCUUUAAUGCAACUGUACUUUCGUUCA